UAUCCCAUCAUCGCCGCUGCAUCCUCCAUUCUCCCCCACCCACCACGGCACCACCCAUCACCACCCACAAACUCCAUCACCACCAUCGCGCGACAUCCCGCUCGGAACGCGGCCAAGAACGCGCCAGGUUCAAGGCCGGAUCGCUUGAGAGUCACCUUCACACGAGGCAGCCCAUCUCUCCAGCGUCCAUGGCAUAAACUACGCGCGACUAAAAGACAUCCAUCUCGACAUUGAUGGUCCCGCAUGUACCAUAGCACGGUCCACAGAAGAACGAUUGCAUCGGCGCUUGUCGCAGGAGAGAAGAAUGGCCGGCGAACAUCCUCAUUCGCAUCAUUCUCAUCGCUCUCCUCAUCCUCCGCCUCCCUCCUUACCAUUGCCUCCUCAUCCGCAAUCCACUGCACCGUCCCCUUAUGUGGCCCAUUCACCAACCCAAUCUACCUUCAACUUCUCUCCACAGCGCCCGUCCCUCCGAAACUCCAAUCCACCAACACCCGCUCCCUUGUCUCUUCAUCCUCCUUUCAACAAUCAUCACCAUCAACCUCCCUCGCCGACCGGGUCUACCCUUCCUCCCAUCGCCUCCGUCUAUCCCCGUGAGUCCAACCUGACUCCGACGAACUACUACAAUCGAGCCCCGGAACAUGGCGAUUCAUCAAUAGGGAGGGACAAUACCCGAUAUUCCCAUCCAUAUAAUGCUCAGGUUUGUCCUUCAAAUAUUUCUCGGGACAGUAGGAAUUCCGAUGUUCGGAAUUCCUAUUGUCGCUGGUUUGGAAGUGGAUCAAAGGAAAUUUGCUGACAAGUGACCACCAUCAUUGCAGCCCCGUGAAGCGUACCCGUAUCCCGAUUCACGACAUUCCGAGCGGACAACGCACGAUCAAACUUAUCAUUCACCA